AGUAUUUAUUCGUGUAUUUCCGUGCUUACACCGCUAUCUGACCAAUUAUGAAGGUGAAAAGCUCUUCAAACAAGACAAGUUCUACAGCUUGGAGUUCUACAAGUUCAUUAGGCACGCGUAUAUUGUCAUAAUUGUCCUAACCUCUGACAAUUAUGACGUACUUAUAGAAAACACUAUUGACUCAUUUUGGUUCAAAGCGCGUCAAUAGUGAUAUUCUUGCUUGCUUUUUGUCUCUGCGCCUGCUUCCCCGUCCCCUCUCUGAUCUUCUCUCCCCUCUGCUAGAUUUGGGUGAGCUGUAGAGAAUUUCUUAUUUUUCUCAUUCACAAACAAGUCGUGUUUAAACUCCGCAGUUGAGGGAUUAAACAUUGAGAGUCCUGUGGUUGAGUUGCCACCAAUGACUGGGGAAAUCCCGAGCCCACCUGCGUCAGCAUUGCGCCGGCAAAGUGUGGAGGUAAAAAAGGUUGUGGAGGAGUACUGUCCCAAGGAGAGAGAAGACGGUAUGAGUGUGACCACGCGAAGAUCCAGUCUGUCCAGCAGCCGACGCACCACUGACCACUGUCGAGGAAGAGACUAUCUGCACAGUACCGUCACCGAUGAGGAUGAGGAGAUAUACACGCCAAGAUCAGAGGGCAGAGACAACCCGGAAAACCACACUGCAUGGACACCUCACCGGUUAAUUCCUUUAAACUCUCCUGCCAGGGAGGAGUCGACUCCGUCCCAGAACUGUGAAACAGCGGCGGAGGCGGACACACAGGGAAACGCUCAUGGGGUGCGCGUGGCUGAAAGACAAACGACUGGAAUGAAAGACUGCGCUUGGAGACUGUGGCCUUCCAGCCCACUUUGCAAUGGAUAUGAAGCAGCUUUCCUUAAAAGUUUGCCAGUGCAGGGACUCGGCAGACAAUCAGAGCCCCCCCCUGUGUCCUCCCCUACGGAAAGCCUGAGGGACAAACUGUACAGGAAAACCAAGCAUGUGUUAGAUUACACAGUCACUGAUGCGAUAGGAAAGCCUCCCGUGAGGUGUAGUUCCAAUCAAAGCCAGUUUUUCAGACCGUGUCUUCCAGUGUGGCAUGCGUCCAAUGUACCCACAUCAAGGAGAAUCAAUAGAAAGGAACUUUUCCGGACCACAGAGAUCAGAAAGACUCAAGAUGGUAAUCCGUGGCUGAGGCUUAAAGGCAGUAUACCCAGCCGUGAAAGGAGCAAUAGCACCUUGUCUUCUACUCCUUCAUUCACAAGCACUAAGGGGAACGCCUCAUCCUCCUCUUCUAAGGAAACUGCAAUUAAUAUGCCAUCUGUCGGAAGGAAGACCUCGAACAUCAUCAUGGAGGAGAGAAAGAGAUGCUACUACAGGGAUCUGUGCCAGCAGGUGGAGGAGAAGAGACAGGACAGGGAGAGAGAGAGAAAGAAAACUGCUUUGGCCAACCGUGAGCACAAUAAGACCAUGCAGUUGUGUAUUUGGGGGAAGCCAGGGAGUGGAGCCCCAAACUACCAGCUUAACUCUGUGAGAAGGACCAGGUUCAGUUCCACCGGGAUCCUACCCCAGGAGCAGCUUCGCAGCACAGGCUUUUCUGGGACCCCCUUUCGUGUGGGUGUGAAGUGAACGCCAUCCCCCCCGUCCCCCUUCAGCCUAGACCAGAAGACCAGACUGCUGAUGUCAUUAAACUAUUGUUGUGCAGUGGGCCAAGUACCGUUCGUGUCUGACUUUUGCUUCUAAGUUAGUGAUAAGUAGUGUUUUGGAUGGAGAUUGGCUGCCUCUAAAACAGCUAUGGUACCUUUUGUAAUUUACCAAAGUUAGUUUGGCUCAGACACAAAAAUCAUGAGCAUACAGGGUUACACACACUCGUUUAAAUGAUGAGGGUUUAAAACUAUUUCAGGAGUUUUUAUCACAAAGUUAUUUCAGGUAGCUUGUGAGUUUAUGUUCAACUGGCUGACAGGAGAAGUGUGAGUCAUUCUCUAAUUGCAUGGACUCGUGGCGUGAGGUUAUUUUAAUUGAGACUGUUACAUGUCUGUGAGGUUUAACGGGCCAUGUGGGUUUCAUUUGAGUUCCACUUGUUCAUUUCAUUCUUCUCCUUCAGUGGGUGGCUAAUUAUCACAGGGACAAUUAUAAAGACCAGUGAAAGAGCUGUGAUUCAAGUGUAGGCUGCCAGGGUAAGUGAUUACCACUGCCAAUCUCCUGCGUAAUGUGCAAAGAAUCAUCUCUUUAUCAAUGCUAUAUGGACACCAAACUGAUUCUAAUUGUAUGUAUGUGUCAUUUCAGCAGGCUUGUAGGUGGCUGACUAUGAAGUUCCAACCAAGUUCUGGCAA